AUGUUGCACCGCGCCGUGGCUCGGGCUCUGGCUGGCUCCAAGUUGGCAAGCAGACAAUAUAGGUCAAUACACUCCUCGACUUGUCGGAAAGCCUCCACAUCCCCCUUCACUGAGCCAACUUCACCCAACCCAGCGCUCACGAAGCAUGCUGAGACCACCGAGUCGCUGCACACCUACGGCUCUUAUCUCACUCAAUGCUUACCGAAAUUCAUCCAGCAGUUCUCGGUACUCAAGGACGAGCUCACGCUCUACGUCGCACCGUCCGCUAUCGUUCCGGUUCUCACCUUUCUCCGCGAUCACUCUCAGUGCCAAUUCAAGAGCGUUGUAGACAUUAGUGGCGCAGAUUAUCCGGAGCGGGAGAAACGGUUCGAAGCCGUCUAUCACUUGCUUAGUGUAAAGCACGCAGGAAGGAUUAGAGUGAAGACCUAUGCUGGGGAAGCGGACGGCAUACCUAGCGCCGCCGACGUGUUCAAUGGUGCAAACUGGUAUGAGCGAGAAGCAUGGGACCUGUACGGCAUUUUCUUCACCGGCCACCCCGACCUCCGCCGUAUAUUAACGGACUACGGGUUUGAGGGUCACCCUCUUCGCAAGGAUUUCCCUUUGACGGGGUAUACGGAAGUUCGAUACGACGAGGAAAGCAAACGCGUAGUGUACGAGCCACUACAGUUAACUCAGGCAUUCCGCAAUUUCGAGUCUUUGUCACCGUGGGAGCAGGUUGGCGACGGCGCAACACCUCCCCGUCCAGCUGAGCUCAAACACCUGCCUCCACCUCCGCCCGAAGAAGCGAAGAAACAGUAG